AACGUCACCGUCCAAACACAUUGGAAAAGUAAACAAUUGUGGACCAGUCUCAAAACAUUUUUGUUGCAAUGGCACUUGUUGCAUAUAGUGACGACAGUGACCUAGGCAGUGACUCUGACGACGGUGAAAAGUGUGUGGAGGGCCCAGCAACUACAGUAUGUAAGCCAGAAGUUGAAGUAGUGAACAGUGUGCCCCGGACAGCAGUGGGGGAUCAGGACUCCAUACAGUCUACAGUGGCGGGUGGUGGCGGACCAGACACUCUCGGGGUCCACGGAAUAAUUGAUGAAGAUGAAGAGAGGUUCGGUACUAAACUGCCUGGAUUAUUAGCGUCGAUACCAGCAGCAAAGCCACUUAGGAGUGUGUGGCAGGGACUCUCAAUUGGUGAAGAAGUUGAUGAGUUGACAGAUGUUCCAACCGUAGAUACUUGGAAGAUCACUCAGGAACUUAAAGGGAAGAGUAUAGAGACAGACAAAUUCGGGUCCAAGCCUAACAAUUCUGCAAAAGAUUCUGUAUCUAAAUCCAAGAAGGAAAGGAGAAAAGUUCAAUUUUUUGUGCCUGCUCUCUCCGAGUUUGCAGAAGAUGAUGAGGAGGAUGAUGAGCACCAGGAGCCUGAACACAAGAAGAUAAAACCAUCCUCAUCAGGUACAGGACUUUUCUCCCUGCUGCCUCAGCCCAAACAUAUUACCGUCAAAGAAGCUAAACGUAGUCUUGUUCCUCACAUCCUCACUAAAAAAUCGGUGCCAGUGAAGAACUCUCCAAAGUCUAAAUUUAAGCCAAAAAAUACCACAGUUCUUAGUGAAAAUGAUUCUGAUGAUGAAAGCAAUACAGCUGCUUCUGAUUUCUUUUCACUAUCAGAAACUGCUGACAUUGAUAUAAAGAACCCACCAGCAGAAAUUUUGAGUGUACCAGAUGUAGACCCUAACAUUAGAAAUAUGCCUGUGUUACAGACAUUUAAAACGCCCCAAAUUUUACCUCAAGAAACUACUGUGUAUUCUAGCAUUUCUCAGUAUUCAUCAACACAGUCUCAGGAGACAGAGGCACAUUAUCCAUCACAGCACAUAGAAACUUAUCCAGAUAGUAAUGCUGGCAUUGAUGAAGAAGCAAUGGUUCGAUUGGCUGGUAAGCGAAGAGGUAAGGGCGAGGCCAUCAACUUCAUCGAUGUUAAUGCUGAUGAUGCUUUGCUUACACGUGAUGAGUGGAUGACAAAGGCCUUGACUGAAGAGAAACCAACCCAUAGUUUCAGCAAGAAGAGAGAUGGAAUGCCAUCACAGAAACAAAAACAAAAGCAUCAGAUCACAUACCUUGCCCAUCAGGCAAAGGAGAGAGAGCUAGAACUUAAAAAUAAUUGGGCCCAAAACCGUAUGACAAAAAUGCAAACACAAGCAAAAUAUGGAUUUUAAAGUACAAUACUGUACUUUAUUACUCUAUCCAGCAUAGAUUAUUUGAUAGACAACCUUAUUUUUUAUGUACAAAAGAAUGAAUACAUUCUCUGUUUUAUUUUCAUGUUUUGCAUUGAAUAUGCUGUGCUUAUUGAAUGUCGCUACUGUACGUCAUUCAAGUUGUUAUAAGCAUUUUUAUAUUCUUUACCUGUAUAUUUUGAAAGCGAGAUGUGCUUGAAAGCUCCAUGUAUUGUCAGAAUUGUUAAGGCCUAGAUUUUAGUGUUUUAGUAUUUAACAUAACUCGGACUUAAAGUAAAGUGUGUACCAAUACUGUACAGUGAUAUAAACGUCUGAGCAUGAUAUCCUAUUUGAAAUUGUAUUAGCCACUGUGCUGCACCAACCCAGAAAUCUUGUUCUGAGAGUUAUGCUAUUUUUUUUUCAAUUGGGCUAUAUUUUAAUGUUUUUUAAUGUUGUCAUCACUCUUUGUGUUUUGAAAUGAAAAUGGUUGAGUUUGGAAACAUUUUGACAUUAACUUUACCUCAACAUUUAUAAAAACCACAAAAAUAUGUCCUUAACAAUUGCACUAUGAAGGUUUUGCCAAAAACAGGUGCGCACUGCAGGGGUUAAAACAAAAACUUAAAAAGUUUGCCUUUAGCCAGUCGACUCCAAAACUAAAGACAGAAAAGUGAAGACAGUGCAGUACAAAUGAUAAGUUAUUAAAUGUCCAAUACUGUUUACUGUACAUAUUCUUAAAAAACAAACAAAAAACCAAGUAGAAAAUCUAGUAUUGUACAUCUUAAAACACACUUGUGUAAGUGUACAUUAAGAUUAACCACUUGUGUAAGUGGUUGUACAGUAUUGUGAUAUUUUGUGUAUAUUGCUCUUCAUUUUUUAUAUACUGUACUAAUAUAAACCGUUUUGCACAAAACUAAAGUAUUGUAUUUCCAA